AUGGGGAAACUAUCGGCGGCCAGCAAUGCUCUUGAGGGGGAGACGUUCGAGUACGCAACGGCAAUGAAGAACAUAGGCAGUGAUACUGCCAGAAGACUUAUUGUAGGCGAAAGAGGAACGGGGAAGACAACCAUGUUGCUUCAAGCUAUGACAAUGGCGUUCUUAAAGGGCUGGGUUGUCAUCAACAUCCCCGAAGCUCUAACAAUAGGCCACACCGACUACGCCCCCACCACCUCCACCCCCCCAACAACCUACACCCAAAAAACCUACACGGCCAAACUCCUCUCCCAAAUCGCCCGCGCCAACGAAUCCGUCCUCUCCCAACUCCAACUCUCAACCCCCCACACACCAACUCCCACCCUCCCCUCCAUCCCCUCCAAUAUCUCCCUCGCCCGCCUUGGCCUCCUCGGCGCAGAGGACGCCACCAUCGCCCACGAGAUCUUCACCAUCCUCCUCCGCGAGCUCCAGGCCCCUGACCGGCCGCCCUUACUCCUGUGCAUCGACAACCUCGCACACGUGAUGCGCGACUCGAAAUAUCGAGAUGCGGAAUUCAAGCUCAUCCACGCGCACCAGCUCGAGUUGGUGAAGUGGUUGGUGUCCCACCUGUCUGGCUCACAGCCGUUGACGAAUGGAGGGAUGGUUCUGGCGGCUACGAGUAGUAGCAAUGCGCCUAGUGUUCGAACUCUUAAUAUGGCACUUGAGUCUUUGGAGGCGGGGAGGACGUUAGAGGGGAGAGAUGCGCUGGUGCGGUGGGAUGAGAGGGUGUUGGGGGUUUUUGAGCGGCCGGGGCUGCAUGUUCAGAGAUUGGGAGGGUUGGAUAAAGAUGAGGCAAAAGGCUUAAUGGAGUAUUGGGCGCGCAGUGGGGUGUUGCUUGACAGGGUUGAUGAGAAGCGGGUGGGAGAGGAGUGGGUGGUUAGCGGUGGGGGAAUACUGGGGGAGUUGGAACGGGGCUGCAUUCGAGGAAGAGUCGGAUAUCAGAUUUAG